GUUGCGCGCGGCGAGUGUUGCGCACCUUGUGAGACAGAGUUUCCGCAACAGUAGGCGGACUGCCCCCGGCCCACCGCGCGGCGCGUAUGGCGGUUCGCACCGGGUCGGAGCCGCAGCGGCGCGAGCCCGUGGUGACCUGGGUGUCUCAGCUGUUCCUGGAACACUGACUGAAGUCCUGCCCUGGCUCUUAGCUUCGGGGAUCCGCGACUAUCUGGGGACCGCUUUUGUGUUUAGAAGUCCUGAAUGGAGUGUUGGGGUUAGAACAGCCCUCUCCCAUAGUCAGCCUUACCAUUCUGCUGGUCUCCUUGCAGGCUCCUUGGGAUUAGGAGAACUGGGCAGGUCCUCCUAGGACCUUCCACAGCAAGAAGAUAUGCUAAAGGAUAUACUUCAGCAGAAAGAAUAGCAAAUGGAGAAGAAAAGAAGAGGGAAAAGAAAUAAGAUAAAUCCAGAAACAGGUAAACAAGAAAACUUACUACGAAAAAAAUAAUCCUCGGUGCUUUGUCAUAGCUGUAAUCCCUGGAGCCUAGUAUACAACUUUCAACAAAACAGUCUACAGGACAGAAGAAGCCUGAGCACAGCAUUGCUGGGUCCUCUGCUCCAGGUGCUGACAAGGACAUCUGAAGCUUACGUUUCUCAUUCGAGCUCAUGUGGAGUAGCAGGGAUCCGUUCCUGUGGUUGCAGACAGAUCUCAGAAGUUGUGGGAGAAAUAGUAAACCCAAAGUUAUUUAAGAGCGAGCUACCGACACGAGUGGUGUUUGCUUCAGCCCCUGUAAGGACGCCCAUGCUACCAGAGUGCAGCAUUUCUGCAGAACAUUCCUUUCUGCAGUCAAUAAACAUGGAUGUGAUUGCAGACACCUUGGUACUUUUGGGAAAAUUUCUAUAUUACUUUUUGGAAUCUUUGGUUUACAAGAUAAUUCCCAAGAAGAAAAAGAAUGUUGCUGGAGAGAUUGUACUUGUAACGGGAGCUGGAAGUGGACUUGGGAGGCAAUUGGCUAUACAUUUUGCCAGGUUUGGAGCCAUUUUAGUUCUAUGGGAUGUUAAUCAAGAAGGCAAUAUGGAAACUUGUCGACUGGUCAAAGAAAAGGGUGGUAAGAAAGUGUUUCCCUACACGUGUGACUGUAGAAACAGACAAGAGGUCUACAGAGUUGCUGAUCAGGUCAGGAAAGAAGUUGGUGACGUGACCAUCCUCGUUAACAAUGCUGACUUAGUCACGGGAAAGCCCUUCCUCGAUAUUCCAGAUCACAUGGUGGAAAAAUCCUUUCUUGUAAAUGCCAUCUCUCAUUUCUGGACUUGUAAGGCCUUCCUUCCUGCCAUGAUUAAAGCUAACCAUGGUCACCUGGUUUGUAUUUCAAGUAUAGCAGGAGUAGUUGGUAUUAAUGGACUAUCAGAUGAGUACUUUGUUUCACCAUAUUAUUCUGCAAGUAAAUUUGCAGGCUUUGGCUUUGCUGAAUCUCUCUUUUUUGAAUUAACUACGAUAAAGAAAACUGAAGUUAAAACCACCAUCGUGUGCCCACAUUUCAUCAACACUGGAAUGUUUGAGGGCUGUACAAGCAAGUAUCCGUUUCUGUUACCAAUUCUGGAGCAGGAGUAUGUGGCCAAAAAAAUUUUAAAUGCUAUUUUAGAGGAACAAGUUUAUUUAAUGAUAUCCAAAUUUGCAUAUAUCGGAUUGAUUCUUAAACAAAUAAUAUCUCCAAAAAUGUUGAUUGCCUUUGGUGAGUACCUUGGAAUGGACACUUGCAUGGCUUCUUUCAAAGGGAGAAAGAAAGCAAAUGAACUUCAGACUGAAACUGAAGGGAAACACCAGUAGCUCAAGACUCAAACAUGAGAAUCAAAAAGUGUUCUAAGGAUAAACUAUUCACAAUUCCUCCUAAUGCUUAAAGGAUUGCAGUCUACCAAGGAUUACUGAAGCUUUCAAAAGUGUCAAUUGUGUUUCCUGGACAUAGUUUACACACCAAUUAUUUUUCUAAGCAUUCAAGUUAUCUAUCAAGUUUUUCUUAUCAUUUUUUAGCAUUAUAAAUCAGGACAUUACAGUCUUUUCAAUGGACUUUGAACAUAAUAUGUUUAUAAAAACAUAUUAAUGCAAGUUGACCUUAAUUUAAUUUUAAAAUAGAUAAUAUAUAAUACCUUUGGAAGAGAGAUAAUUAUAAAUAAUGACCUUAUAAGUCAGUUUUUUAUUUUGAUAAUUUUUAAACAUCAGCUUUAAAGGUACAUAUUAGUUUCAUAAUUAAGAAAAAUAAUGUUUGCCUCACAAAGUAAAGGCAUAUUUGUGUUGCCUAUUCAUUCCUAAUAGAAUUAGAUGUUCAUUUCAAGACCCUUAGUGGGAUUGAACCUGAAUAUUUGAUAAAACAUAUCUGUAACUUAUCAUUUCUUUUGCAUCUGAAUAUGUCAAACUUUUAGCUCUUUUACUCCACUAAAAAAAAGUACAAAUUAGAAUUAUAUACACUAUUGGUUUGAAAAUGAAACAUUUUCAUACUUAAUUCAACAGAGUGCCAUUUUAACUGAUGUAUUUGAAUACAUGACAUAACCUUUCUUUUAAAAUCCUUUAUCCUCAUGAGAAAUGGCCACAACAUAUGCCACCUAUGUGGCAAACAUUCCUAACAAUCUCACCUCUGGGCUGGGAAUAGUUCUUGAGCUGUAAUCACCAUACAAUAGUCUAGCUUUAUCUCCACUGGGCUCCAGACCUACUGAGUAAUGGUAACAUCAAAAACUGAAAUUUCAAGUAAAGUAAAGCACAUAUUCAGUUAACCAAAAAGUGAGCACUCAUUUUAUCAGAUCUAUCCUAGUAUUAGAGACAUAAUAUUUCUAUGUUCAUGCAAAUAAAAAGCAUAGUUUAACUUGAGAUGAAAAAAGUGAGAAAAAAAUUUUAAUACAGAAAUAAAACAUUCUAAACAAGCAAUAUUUGUAAGAAAAUGAAACUUAUCUUUUAACGGGCGUGUGAGUAAAACCUUUCUAAAAUU